AUGAAGGUGCGUUGGGGUCAGCGCCGGGGGCCCGGGAAGAAGCGGACGCCAUGGUCCAUCCCGGACGGAGAUCCCGGCGUCGUGGAUCCUUGGGUCGACGACCACACUUCUCAUCCUCGUCUCCCCGCACGGGAAGCAAGCAGCAAGCACAGGUGUACCAUGGCCAUGGCCAAAGCAAGCACCGGAACCAACGGUUGCCGUGCUCCAGCAUCCACGACGUGGAUCAGCUUUGUGCGUCCGGCACCGUUCAAGUCAUCUGAUGCCUGGUUCGACUGGCUCAUGUCGAUCAGCAUCACCAUACUGCCCCAGGACGCAAGCAAGUCUUACUUUGGCGGCCGCCACGUCCGCCUCGACGGCCACGGCCAGGUCUGGUACGACUGGGCCCGUGGACGCGACAACCUCGCCCGCCGGCUCAUGAUGAUCAACUGGCGCCACCUCCACGCCUCCGUCAUCACCAACCCGCGCUUCGUCCAGGCCCAGAUGUGGACCAUGGCCACCACCUGGUCCCACGACCUCCUCUUCGACGCCAUCUACAGCAACAACACCAGCAACAGCAACAGCGCCCACUCGACCCUCAACACGGACGGCAUCGACACCAUCGACUCGGACGACGGCGCAUGGCGAUGUACGAACAUUACUGUCGAGGACUUUUCCGUUGUCACGGGCGAUACGAAGAAGCCCUUGACGGAGUCGUAUUGCGCCAACGUCCACAAUUCGUCAGGGUUUGAGUGUGAGCCGUUUCCUGAGGGCAAGGUGGCAGACGAGCUGGCUGGUCUGGUAUGA